CGCCUGAGCUCGAACCCCUGACAACACUUAUCCUCCUUCUGCCGGUCUCUUUUCUCGUUCCCCUUCCUUUUCCCGUAACCACCACCAGCCAGGCGAGUGUCGGGGCAGCUCUAGCCGCUGGGGAUGGAGGGUCCUGCGACCGGAAGCCGGAAAGAGGGCUGUGAGGCCGUGUUUCGGCGAAGCUAGAGCCGGACCCAGUGUGGCCGGCGAUAUGGAGCCGCUGUACCAGCAAACGCACAAGUGAGAGCCGAGUCGGGGCACGGGCGGGGUAAAGCCAGGCUGGGCAGGUCCAUGAGAUCCAGUCUCACAUGGGACGCCUGGAGACGGCAGACACGCAGUCUGUGCACUUAGCAGAAAACGAAAUCCAAGCAAGCAUAGACCAGAUAUUGAGCCAUCUAGAACAUCUGGAGAUUUUGUCCAGCAAGGAGCCCCCCUAACAAAAGACAGAAUGCCAAACUUCGUGUCGACCAGUUAAAGUAUGAUGUCUAGACCUGCAGACUGCUCUCAGAAACUUCCAGCAUCGGCGAUACACAAGGGAGCAGCAGGAGAGACAGCGAGAGGAGCUUCUGUCUCGCACCUUCAUCACCAGUACACAGGUUACGCAUCCCUGGCCAGAAAACUACAUAAUAAAUGAGAAGAAAGAGACUGGAAACAGCCAGGUGGGGAGCAGUGAGUGACCGACGACAUUCGGCUGCUUUCUCCAGAUUCCUCAGAGACUCAGAGAAGACCAGCAGGAAGUCUGUGACACCCAGAGAACCGCGGGCCCUCGGCUGCACCUUGUCCCCUCCAAGGAUGAGAAGGGCGCUACUCAUCUCCUGGGUCGCCUGCCUCGUUACCACUCAUCAGGCCAGGCUCAUCGGCCGCUGUGACCUGGCCAAGCUGCUGCACCAGGAGGACAUGGACGGCUUUGAGGGGUACUCCCUGAGUGACUGGCUGUGUCUGGCUUUUGUGGAAAGCCACUUCAACAUAUCGAAGGUCAAUGAAAACGCAGACGGCAGCUUUGACUAUGGCAUAUUCCAGAUCAACAGCCACUACUGGUGCACCGAUCACCAGAGUCACUCGGUAAACAUUUGCCACCUGGAGUGUCAAGGUCUGCCCAGGGCCCGGGCGGGGGCGGGGGGGAGGUGAGAGAGGAGCAGGCUCCACUCUCAGAGCCUCUCUUCCCACUCACAGCCUGGGAACGCCCCCAGAGGGAUGGCUCAAGGACUCAGGGACUGACUUCACCGAGCAGAGGCUUUGACCAGUGGCCCUAGUGCGUUUCCC